AUGAAGCAGAAUAUAGAUGAAGAAAAAGAGAUAGAUACAGUCUCGCAUACGUCAUCAUUGAACGAUUCAUGGCGACGUGCAGCGCCUAGCAGUGCCUUUCCUCCAACGCUACCACCUAAACACCCUGCUUCUAACAGAACAACAACUACUACAACAACUACUACUACUAAUGCCAUACAACAAACAAAUAGUCACGCCGUACCCACGUUAAUACGUGAUGGUACGAUGACAACACAAACAACAGGAAUACAGCACCCAUUUAUCUCUGCAGCGGACUAUAGUGAUCGCAAGCGAUUACUCGCACACAUCACAUUUCUUAGUGGACAGUUACAGCGAGCGGAGAUCAUGCUGCAGGGUACCUCCUCCCGUCCUGUGGUCUCAGAGACGGAGUUGGCACGAUUUGAUCCCGUCAUUGCACAAGCGCAGAUUGAUCGGCUGGACAGCGCCCUUGCACAGAUUGGUCUGCUGCGUGAGGCGGAGAUGGACCAGAGCCGGGCGCUGGCGGCGGAAGUUGCGGAAUUACGUGGAGAGCGAAAUCGUCUGGUGGAGCGGGUGGAUGCGUUAGAGACCGAACUCACCGCAUUGCGUGGAGAGCGGGAGGAAUUAACAGUUCAACUGCGGGAGGCCACAGAGAAAAUUACAUAUAGAAAGAGAAAUGAGGAGUUUGGGUAUGGAAAUGGAUAUGAGGGAGUUCGGGUGGUGGUGGCGGCCCCGCGCCGUGGGACCGUUGGUGUAGGGCACGCAGUGGAGGAACUGCAACUGCAGGAAACAGUGCAGCGUAUGCAAUUACUGUUGGAGAUGUUUAUGGAACCCAUAUGUAUUGCCUUUGAUGCCGGUGUAGUGUGGAUAACAGAGACGGAACUCCAUCGUGCCGGUGUGCAGAUUGAUAAUGCAGUUCUGCCGGAGGUACAUAAUGAUAGCAAUGAGCUUCCAAGGGCAGUAGAGUCCAAUCAACAAUCCUCACAACCCAACAUGGAUAACACUAAUCUGUCAAGUAAAGAAAUAUGGAGAGAAAAGUUGGAGACCAUGGAGGAGAAGUGUCGUAACGCUGAGCAACAAGUGGAACGGUUGAAAAAACUUUUACAAGAAGAACAACAACGUACAGAGUCCAUGGCAAAAGAACACUGUGAACAAUUGGAACAGGUACACGAUCAGGUGGUACAUGAACGACGGCACAUUAUGGAAAGUCUUAUGGCUGAAGUAGAGGAACAAAUGCGGAAUGCAUUCCGUGAUGGAAGACUCUAUGAAAAGAAACUUGCAGAAGAACGUCGAGAAAAACAACGGCAGAGAUAUACUACAGGUCAGAAAAAGACCAUAGUGACAUCAUCACGAGAUGAUACCACAGUCUCUAUACGACAGGAAGGGAGAGGAAAAUCAGUUCCAUGUGCAUCAUCUACAUCAGAAAAUUAUGUAGUGACCAACAGUAGUGAUAGUAGCAGUAGUGGUGGUGAUGGAAAUCGUCGUUGUUGCUCUGGGUUUAUACACAGUGGAACUUCCAUGGAGGUGGAUCGACGGAUAAAAACCUCAACCAGCAAAGAGGGACGUCAUGUAAGGUGA